CGGGCUGCGGCCGCGGAACCCAGCAGCCAGCGCCCCUCCGACGGCUGCGCGCUGCCCUGCUCGCCACCUGCUCCGCUCACUGCCCGAGGCCAGCUGACAGCGCCCUACCCCGGCAGAGCCACACAGAGGCUGUCGCUGUCGCCUGUACAGCCUUCGGGGAGCAGAAGAGUGACCAUGCUAGCCCCACGCGCGGCCGCCUUCCUCCUACUGCACCUGGUCCUGCAGCCGUGGCAGCGGGCGGGCGCCCAGGCCACACCCCAGGUCUUUGACCUUCUGCCAUCCUCCAGCCAGAGGCUGAACCCGGCCGCCCUGCAGCCAGUCCUGACAGACCCCACCCUGCACGAGCUCUAUGUCAUCUCCACCUUCAAGCUGCAGAGUAAGAGCUCAGCCACCAUCUUUGGCCUCUACUCCUCGAGUGACAACAGCAAAUACUUUGAAUUCACUGUGAUGGGACGCCUGAACAAAGCCAUCCUCCGUUACCUAAAGGAUGAUGGGAAGAUUCAUCUGGUGGUUUUCAACAACCUGCAGCUGGCGGAUGGGAGGCGCCACCGGAUUCUCCUGAGACUCAGCAAUUUGCAGAGAGGGGCCGGCUCCGUAGAACUCUACUUGGACUGUGUCCAGGUUGAUUCAGUGAACAACCUCCCCAGAGCCUUCUCUGGUCUCACCCAGAACCCACAGGCCAUUGAAUUGAGAACAUUCCAGAGGAAGCCCCAGGACUUCUUGGAAGAGCUGAAGCUGGUGGUGAGGGGCUCUCUGUUCCAGGUGGCCAGCCUACAAGACUGUUUCCUGCAGCAGAGUGAGCCGCUGGCUGCCACAGGCACAGGAGACUUUAAUCGACAGUUUUUGGGUCAAAUGACACAAUUAAACCAGCUCCUUGGAGAGGUGAAAGAUCUUCUGAGGCAGCAGGUCAAGGAAACAUCAUUUUUGCGAAACACUAUUGCUGAGUGCCAGGCUUGUGGCCCUCUCAGCUUCCAGUCCCCAACCCCAAACACGCUGGUGCCCAUAGCUCCUCCAGCACCCCCAACCCGACCAACACGUCGCUGUGACUCCAGCCCUUGUUUCCGAGGUGUCCGAUGCACGGACACCAGGGACGGCUUCCAAUGUGGACCCUGCCCAGAUGGCUACACGGGGAACGGGAUCACCUGUUCUGACGUGGAUGAGUGUAAAUACCAUCCCUGCUACCCUGGUGUGCGCUGCACAAAUUUGGCUCCGGGUUUCAGAUGUGAUGCCUGUCCAGUAGGCUUCACGGGGCCCAUGGUGCAGGGCGUGGGGAUCAACUUUGCCAAAACAAACAAGCAGGUGUGCACUGAUGUUGACGAGUGUCGGAACGGAGCGUGUGUUCUGAACUCCAUCUGCAUUAACACUCUGGGCUCUUACCGCUGUGGGCCUUGCAAGCCAGGGUACACUGGUGACCAGACGAGGGGAUGCAGGACCGAAAGGAGCUGCCGGAACCCAGAGCAGAACCCGUGCAGUGUGCAUGCGCAGUGCAUUGAGGAACGGCAAGGGGAUGUGACGUGUGUGUGCGGUGUUGGUUGGGCCGGCGACGGCUAUGUCUGUGGAAAGGAUGUGGACAUCGACAGUUACCCCGAUGAAGAACUGCCGUGCUCAGCCAGGAACUGCAAGAAGGAUAACUGCAAGUAUGUGCCAAACUCCGGCCAAGAAGACGCAGACAGAGAUGGCAUUGGAGACGCCUGUGAUGAGGAUGCGGAUGGAGACGGGAUCUUGAAUGAGCAGGACAACUGUGUCCUGACUCACAAUGUGGACCAGAGGAACACUGAUAAAGAUAUCUUUGGGGAUGCCUGUGACAACUGCCGGGGCGUCCUGAAUAAUGACCAGAAGGACACUGACGGGGAUGGGAAAGGAGACGCCUGUGAUGACGACAUGGAUGGAGACGGAAUAAAAAACAUUUUGGACAACUGUCCCCGAGUUCCCAACCGCGACCAACAGGAUCGGGAUGGCGAUGGUGUCGGAGACGCCUGUGACAGCUGUCCUGAUGUCAGUAACCCUAACCAGUCGGAUGUGGAUAACGAUCUGGUUGGGGACUCCUGUGACACCAACCAAGACAGUGAUGGGGAUGGCCACCAGGACAGCACAGACAACUGCCCCACCGUCAUUAACAGCGCCCAGCUGGACACCGACAAGGACGGGAUUGGCGAUGAAUGCGAUGACGAUGACGAUAAUGACGGCAUCCCAGACCUGGUUCCCCCUGGCCCAGACAACUGCAGGCUUGUUCCCAACCCAGCCCAGGAAGAUAGCAACAAUGAUGGAGUAGGAGAUAUCUGUGAAGCUGACUUCGACCAGGACAAGGUCAUUGAUCGCAUUGAUGUGUGUCCUGAGAAUGCGGAGAUCACCCUGACUGACUUCAGGGCCUAUCAGACUGUGGUCCUGGACCCUGAAGGGGAUGCCCAGAUCGACCCCAACUGGGUGGUCCUGAACCAGGGCAUGGAGAUUGUGCAGACCAUGAACAGUGACCCUGGCCUAGCAGUCGGGUACACGGCAUUUAAUGGAGUUGACUUUGAAGGGACCUUCCACGUAAACACCCAGACAGAUGACGACUAUGCCGGCUUUAUUUUUGGUUACCAAGACAGUUCCAGCUUCUAUGUGGUCAUGUGGAAACAGACAGAGCAGACAUACUGGCAGGCUACGCCAUUCCGUGCAGUAGCAGAACCUGGUAUUCAGCUCAAGGCCGUGAAGUCUAAAACUGGCCCAGGGGAACAUCUCCGAAACUCCCUGUGGCACACAGGGGACACCAGCGACCAGGUCAGGCUGCUGUGGAAGGACUCCAGGAAUGUGGGCUGGAAGGACAAGGUGUCCUACCGCUGGUUCCUGCAGCAUAGGCCCCAGGUGGGCUACAUCAGGGUGCGGUUUUAUGAAGGCUCAGAGUUGGUGGCUGACUCCGGGGUCACUAUAGACACCACCAUGCGCGGAGGCCGACUGGGCGUGUUCUGCUUCUCUCAGGAAAACAUCAUCUGGUCCAACCUCAAGUACCGCUGUAACGACACCAUACCAGAGGACUUCCAGGAGUUCCAGAUCCAGACCUUUGACCGCCUGGAUAAUUAAACCAAGAAGCAAUCUCACAACUGCCUUCUCAAACGCCCAAACCAACAUCUUUUGUUUAAAACUUCCUAUAAUUCUCUUUAUAUUACCGUGGCUUUUCUUUUACCAACCCAAAUACUUCAAAACUUUUUAUACGAAAUAAAGAAGAGACUAUUUCUAAUAAC